AGUGCCACGGGUCUAUUUAGUUGAUCGUUCUCAGUACAGAAGUGUUCGGAGCCGCGGACGACCAAAAACCUACGCUCUCGCGACUCGCUCGUCAAAUAAAACGGCAAGAAAUAAAAUCGAUCGACUACCGCGUACACGAUAUCCUCAUUUAUCCAAUUGUUCAUCGACCGCACUCCGCGAUCGCGUAAACCAACACCGAAAACACAUGAAACGCCGCAACUGUGCGAUACAUUUAUUAUGCAAUCGUUUUCCACAUCACCUAGUUCGCGAAUUCUAAAAUCAUUGCAGUUUAUGCCCAGUGAUCAGUGCUCCAACACAAGUUAUGGUUUAUGUGCAAAUUAACAAAUGUAUGCCGUGUGUGUUGAAAAACAAACCUGACAUUCAUGCUAUUUUAAAGUGAAUGCCACAGAAACGUGUCUUUGGCGCAAUGCCAAAAAUUAUUACAGCUGACUGUAAACAAACAAAUUAAGAUUGUAUAAUAAUAAUAUUGGCAUGUUUCAUAUUUUCACUGGUUUGUUACCGCAGAUGAGGAGUGCCCUACGGAAAAAAAUUGCGAAAUGUCGAAAAAAGAGGACUCGAGUGAUAGUGAUAGCCCUAUAAUAGACGACAAUGUAAUACGGAUUCAAUUAAGAAAGCCAACCCAAAGAAAAUGGGAAUUGCGCACGAGAAAUCUAUCCCCUGGGAUCAAGUUUCCGACUAUUCAGCUCUUCGACAGCGAUGGAAAUUUACUUGUGGAAACAAACGAUGAGAACAUAUCCAUUAAGAGCUCAGAUUAUGAUGCAUCAACUCUCAAGAGUACUCAUUCAUUACGCGAAAGAAAUUACAAGCAUUUUGUUUAUACAUGUCCCAUCCGUAAACAUAAUACAAUUUCAGGAGAUAGAAUUUAUACGCGAAUAUUUAAAGAUUCUGGCUCUAUAAAUAACGAAAAGGAAGAGAAAAAUACAAAUGUUGCUAUAAGUGAUAAUAUAGUUCCAAACAUUCCAAAUAAACUCACUGUAAAUCGUAGUGUAGAUAGUUUAGAUUCAAACCUAGAUACAACGCCGUUCCUUUCAGAAGGUGAUGUAAGUAGUUACAAAAGUUCUGACAACGAAACGUGCGAUGAUUUUAAUCAGCAACCUUACGCAAAUUGCAAGUCAGUGAAAGAAUUAGAACACAAAAUUAGUUCUGCUGUGCAACCGCCCUCAGAAAUUAAUAAUAAAUUUCCUGAUCUAGGUGAAGAAUCAUCAUUAAUCCCUGGGCUACAAGGUUCACAAUCAUUUACCGAAAAUAUAACUAAAGAACGGAUAAAAGGGUAUGUGGACACAGUGCCGCGGUCACAAUCUGGGAUUAUAUACAAACCACCACAAAAUAAAGUAUCGUUCCUCAAUACUUAUCUGAAAAGCGUAACCGCGCGUAGGGGCUCUAAUCUAGAUUGGUUUACUUUAAACCGUCGGCAAACAAAUGAUUCCCCGCAAAAUUUACAUGAAGCCACGAAGCGUAGUGAAUCGCCCAAAUUAAAUUCCGAAAGAUCGUGCCGCUCCUUUAAAUCUGAUAAUACCACAGAUAAUGAAUAUAUUAAUAUUCCAUCGGAUGUAGCGGCAGACUGUGAACUGAAAAAACGUUUAAAACUGUAUCGACGUGGUAUAUCUGAGAUCGCGGCAAAGCAGCAAAUUACUAGCGUACUUACAAAGGAAAGACGACAUUCAGUGAAUUGUACAAUGAGGAUUACGCGAACUUCGUCUUCGGAAAGUGUAGAUGAAGCGGACAUAGUACUUAAUCGUUUGAAACGCAGAAUAAUGAAGAAUAAAUGGAGGGAGAAACGACUUAGCGGCGGAAUCAAGCAGCCACCAAUUGAUAAAAACGAGUGUAAGCGUAGUAACAGCGCAUCAUCAGAUUGGCGCGAUGCGGGCGGCGGGGCCCUUGUGAGGUCCCGCCUCGCAAUGGGCUCCAACAUCAGCCAACACUCCGCUAAGGGUCUCAAGGGACGCCGCGCUCGGUCUAGCGGCGAUCUUUGCAAUGGCGAGACAAAAAGCCAAACGGAAUCAUCCAUACAUACGUCGGUAUGCGGCUCCGUCGUGGGCGACGUUAUGGGCUGGAACCGCUCCUUACCAAACCACCUGGAUGGCAACAGACAUCUAGCUGACUACAGCCGAGUAAACAAUAAUUAUGGUGAAUUUGGAACGUAUAACAGAAGCCAUCCAAAAGGAGGGCGUGGAUUGCGGUACAGGAUCUCUAAGUCGGGUUCCGAUGCAGAGCCAGUGUGGAAACUCCAAGAUCCUGGAUUUGACCAGGGUUACGGUUCCGAGCGGUCACCGGAAGACGACUACGUUCCUCCCAUCCCUCCGGCUAUCUCCCUUGAAGAGUACGAAGCAGAGUUGCGUGCCAUAUACCCAUUUAUCACUGAUGAGAACACAUUCACCGUGGUGGUUGAGAAGGACGGGCGAGGGCUCGGCAUGUCAGUGUGCGGCGGCGGCGGCUUGGUGCGGAUACGGAGGUUGUACCCUCCCCAGCCCGCAUGGAGGACAGGCCAGCUCGCGCCGAGGGAUCUGCUGCUGUCUGCGAACGGUGUACCGCUAGCUGGACUCAGUACUUAUGAAGCGCUAGAGGUACUACGCACAGCGGCACCCAGGGUAGAAUUGCGAGUGUGCAGACCGCCAAGUGACGUGCUGGAGAGCAUAACACCACCAGACCCUCCAACGCCACCGGCGAGGACUCCACACCCACCGCAUUUGCCACUGGAUCCGCUAAAUUGCCAUCCUUUACACGCCAGGUUAUCACAAACAACAAGCAGUGCGACCACAUCUUCGUCAGAGGGCCGCGGUCGGAGGGACGCGAGCCCUGACGACAGGCGACAUGACCUGCAAUUACCAGACCUGGACCGACCCUUACCCGUCUAUGAUAUACAAUACGGGGGUGAUGGAUCGGUGGAAUUCGACAUUGUGAUGACCAAAGUGAACGGCUCGCUGGGAUUCACACUCCGUAAAGAAGACCACAGCGCUUUGGGCCAUUACGUGCGCGCCCUUGUGCGGGAGCCGGCCUUGAGUGAUGGACGCAUACAGCCAGGGGACAGGAUUGUUGCGGUUAACGAUACGCCAAUGUCAAACAUGUCGCACGCGGAGGCCGUUGCGUUCCUGCGCGCGUGCGACUCGGAGGUGCGCCUGCGUCUGUACCGUGACCACGCGGCAACGCCGCUCUCGCCGAUGUCACCGAAGGAAGAAGGACCCACUGAUUCUGAUGCGCCAUUAAACAAACCGAAGCCACCUUUGAGGGCCGAAGCAGUGUCUAUGCUUUGUGACUUGGCGGCGCGGCGGCUGACGCCCGACGCGGCCGACGGCUCGCGCUCUCCUUGUCUCUCACCUAGAAAGUUCCGAAAGCUUACAAAGGACAACAACCACUAUGAACAACCCAAUGAUUUGCGAAGAAACAUCAAGAUAAAGGAAACAAGUACUUUAGUAAGUACGAAUGCACCAAAAUAUUCUGAAGAUUUAAAAAGUGAGCUCAAAGAAAAUUUCCCAAAGUGUACGUGUGCAACUUCAUUACCCACGCUGUAUACUACGCAAGCAAAAGAAAUAGAAUUGUCUGAUGAUAUGAUUAGAAUACUACCAGAUGAUAUAAUAAUAGUACCAAUUAGACCACCUAGAAAAGGUGGUUCAAGAAAAACGAAAGAACCAGUAUCAACGGGGAAAAAAUCUAAUAAAGAUCAAUGCAUAACGAAAGAAAAAGAGCUAUUGGUUACAAAAGAAACCGAUUCCAAGUCCAAUGCGUCGAAUGAAAUAGAUUCCAGCCCAAUGGAAACUAAAGGAACCAAAGAAAAUUCAUUUAGAUCCUCCUCGAUAGCACAAAGUCAAGAAAUAGGUCCUGUCGACAGCAAUUCUAGUUCAUCAACAAAAGACUUUUCUCAAACCGUUUUAAGAGAAUGUAUUGUUCCAAUAAAAUCUGGCGAUGUAUCAAACCCAUUAACACAAAAUAAGCCAACACAAGGCAGAGUUGAAAAUUAUUAUGAAAAUAUUGCUGAAUCCCCUGCCUUAAACUUGGGACCGAAACAUCAAACUGACGCAAAUUCAGAAAUUAAAAGCCACACGAACGAUAAUCCUACAAAAACUUGUACAGAACCAAUAACAUGCACCUGUGCAGUCACUAUCGAGGAAUUGAAAAAAUAUCACAAAAUUAAAAGUGCCCCGUCAUCAUCAACCAAAGAAGAAAAGAAACAAGUGCCCCUAAAAUUAACAGAAAAUGUCGAAAAUAAUACACAAAAUCAACACACGCCGACUAUUCAAAGAUCUAAAACGCAAAGAUUUUCACGAUCACACUCGAUAAGAAAACGCCUUCUUUCUAAAAGAUUUAAAUCGAAAACAAUAAGUGGUCCAAUAUCGUUGCAAAAAAAUUCGACAGUUAAUAAUACUCCGGAUUAUAAAUCGCAUCCCCCAGAAUCAUUGAAAGGUAAAAAUCUCGUUCCAUCUGAGGGUGCAGAAACCAUAGAAAAAACAACUCUUCAAUCAGUAGUGAAUAAACCAAUAGAACGUCCUACAUCUUUGAUUAUUAGCUCUAAUAGAGAUGAAGCAGUUUUGACUGAUAAUAUGAGUUCAAACCCAUUAACUGGUAUUGAAACUAAACAGAAAAAGCCUGUACUUACAAGCCCUACGACUCCGCCUUCAUGUAGAAAUCAAAAGCUAAGCCUGACAGUAAUACCGCAAAGCUAUGAAUUAAAUAAUCUAGACAAUGAUACACUAGAUGCACCAAAUGCGUAUCAAGAAGACCCUCGCCAGAGAUACAAUGAGGCUGUAUUCCCAAUAGAUUCUGACGAACCAGUUUCUAUGCCAGCGGAGUUAUCAAGCGACGAAAGGUUCAAGCAUUCAAACCCAACCUAUCAAAGUGCCGUGUUGCAUAGCUCUACCGCUGAUAGUGCUUCUGAAAAAGACGAUGGCAAUGGCUUAAAGAAAUGGAAAGGUGUUGCUCUCUCGCCUGAUAACGAAAGAAAAGUGAAACUGCCUGUGGUUGAAACACAAGCGCAACCGAUACCAACGGAACUUGAGCCCAUCCAGAAGGAAAAUGUUAAACCUGAACCGCCAGUUGAAGCAAGCAGUGAGCCAACAAUAGUAACUGUGGAAUUGAACCGCGGCUGGAACAGUCGGUUGGGAUUCAGCGUGCAGAGCCACCCUGAGUCUGGGCAGAGUUACAUUUCAGCAGUGUACGACGACAGUGUCGCAGCGAGGGACGGCCGAUUGCGCCGCGGUGACGUCAUACUACAGGUUAACGAUGAAAACGUAACUUCGAUGAAGACACCUGAAGUUAUUGAUUUAUUAAGAAUUCUCCGUGGAUCUAUUUGUAUUACUGUUCUUCGACCACCAAACGUUUAAUGAUUAAAUAACAAAUAGCUGUUGCAAAGAAAAUCGCCCCCUAAGAAUUGUAAUUGAUCGUAAUAUGAAAGAUACGCAGGAAUUUUAUUUACUUCAUAAAAAAUAUUUACGAAACUUAAAAAAAAUAUUAUCUUUUUUACUUUCCUAAGAGAAAGUUCCUAAUAGUAAUUCCUUAGGUAUACCUACAUUUCCUUCUAGGUCUAGGUAUUUAAAUCUAUGAGAUACAUCUUUAUCAUAUGAUGAUGUAUAAUAAUUAUCUUUAAUAACGGAAUUGAUCUCUUAUAUCUUAAAACACAAAAUUAUUUAAGCAUCGUAAAUAAUUAGAGAGGUACAUUUAAAAACUUAUACCAAUAUAUUAUAUGUAUUUACGUUGUCCUUAGUAAUGCAACGAAUACAACAAACACUAAUUCAAUAAAAAUACAAUUUAUUGAAGAAGUUCAAACAUUGGUCAAAUUUUGUAAGUAGCAUUCCACACUAUAGAUAUUUGCUCUCAUAAUAGUAAAAACUGUUUAUUACAAAUUGUUAUAUUUAAUGGGCCUAAAUUAUGAACAUAACCAAUCACCGCUUCAUAUUACACAAUUAAUGCAUACUAAGUAACAUUAUUAAAACGGUAUAAGAUGCACCAUUUCGUGUUUAUCACGAAAUAAAUACUUAAGAUAUAAAUAGUUAAAUAUAUGUAUAGGCCUGUUUUUAAUACAAUAUUUAUAUGUACUAUUUUCAUGUAAGAUUGAAUGUUGCAUCAUUUUAGGGCAAAAUAUGACAAUUGAAAUUGGUCCAUAGACAAAACACGUAUUUUUAAGAUUGUAAACAUUGUGCACACUUAAGCACAAUUGAAACAUUGAAGUAUUCACGUUAGUUUUUCAUUAAAUUAUAAAUUAUUAAAAGUUAUUCAUUAAAAUGUCAGAAAUCGUAUGUGUGCUCAGUAUUAGUCAAAAAUUUGGAUUCUAAAAAUGUAUAUAAUACUAAAUGAUCAUUAGAUAGUUAAAUGUAGACAUAGAAAUUAUACGUAUAUCGAAUGGAUCUAAAUUACUCUUCUCUAUUGAUACUGAUAAAUUCUAGUCAUUUCAGAAUUAUAAAUAAAAUUAUAAUUAUUAUCUGCGUUAUUUAUAAAGUAUAUAUUGAAUUACGAAGCGGACUAGUAUCAUAAUUUUAAUAGAAACGUAUAAAUAUGUUAUAAACACAUUGUAUCUUGUUAUAAAGUAAAAGAUUUUAUUGACAAAUCUGAGACUGCUUUCUUAUUGAAAUACUACAAAAUAUUCUUUGAAAUAUUAUAAAAGUCUAUGAGAUAGAUUUGAAAUCAAGCGAGUAACGGAUACAAAAUGUGUGCGAAACAAUAGGAAUUAUACACAAAUAUUCUCAAUCUAAAAGCAGCCUUAAAAUAUAUUAUACACAUAUUAUUAGAAAUAAAAUAAGAAUCGAAAUCUAGAAAUAUUAAGAAAACCGUACAGAUUAUUGUCGAACGAAAUCAAAACUGAUAUUCUAAAGUAAUUGUGAUGGAUUUGUGUUAGAUAAUAAUUAUAAAAUAGAUAAUAAUAAAUUUAUGUAAUUUAAUGGAAUACAAACAAUUGAAAAACUGUAGAAGUAGUUCAUUAGGCAUCGGCCCAAAUGCUAGAUGGUAGUUGAUGUUGUAAAUUCUUCAAUUAAACCUUGCAUGCGUUAAGUGAUUGUUUUCAUAGCGCUCGUGUUACGUUUAUUUUAAUCCAUUUUCACAUUUUUAUGUUUAUCCAACAAAACAUCUUACUGUAUAUUCGUACAAAUUGUAACAGUAGAUCAAUUAAUAUAAAACACGUUAUUAUUGAUUUUAUUUCAAUUCGUAAGUUUGUUUGAACAAUGCCAUACUUGUAGAAUAAAUGUAGAAACACUAUUGUGGAAUGUAUUAAUAUCGUUUGUAUCUUUAUCAGACCAAAAGUCUACUACUCCUGUGCCUACAAAGCAAUACAAGUACUAUAAAAGUAUAAAACUUAAUAACCACUUAAAAUUCUAAACAAUUUAAUGAAGAUGUGAAUGUACUGAGUGUUCAUGUGAUAAUGUUUAUGUGAUUAUGUAUUGGUAAUUUUAAGUUUAUGAAGGCGCAAGUCACAUAGAAGAUACAGCUACCAACGUACAAGACGUAAUUUUGUCGAUUAGGAAUAUAAUCAUUAAAUUUAUCCAAAUUAUCUAUACAUAAUAGAUGUUGUAAAUUAAAUAUUCCGUAGCACCUCAAAUCUAUGAAACUUGCGCCUAACACGGUGCUCAAAUGAUUUCAAAUUAAGUUCUAGUCAGAAUUUAAUUUAAAUCAUAUUCGCGAUAUACUAUCAAAAUAAUCCAGAUCCAUACGUAUUUUAAAUACCAUAGGGAGGGACGGUUUGUAUUUCAUAAGCUCAUAUUUUUCAAUACAAAAGCAAAUUUCUAUUUUAAAUAUUUAAAGUAUUAACUGUUUUAAACAAAGGAAUUAAUCCCUCCCACACAAUUCUGCUUCCGCAUCAACCGUCUCUCAUAUGUAGUUAUUUGAUUAUUAAAGUUUGUUGCAUAUUGAUUGUGGUUGUUAUUUUGUGUGAACGUUAUCAACUUCUUGGUAUAUACAAGGCAAACGAAACAAUCAUGUGUCAGAAUUUUUAAAUUUUUGAAAGUAUUUUGGAAAAUUAAUAUAUUAUUUAGAUUCAAUAUUUAUUAUCUAUGAUUAUAUUUCAAAUAUAAAUAAUUCUUUGAUGGUAUAUUUUUUAGUAAGCAUACUGUACAUUUGUAAGGCAAAAGCCCUCAUACGUUUUGCUUUUUAAUUGUUAUAUUUAAGAUUAAUUUUGUAACCUAUGAAUUUUAGACUCUAGUCGUAACAAUAUACUUUCAAAUUCCUUUUCAAUACAUUUACUGAGCUCGUCGGCCUUGUAAUAAUUGAAAUGUCAGUAAACAUUAAAUAUAUUUUUGU